UACAAGUAGACAGCCCCCCCUUAAUCCUUCAGCCUGUGAGCAGAGAGAGGCUGGGGAGGAUGGGAGCUGCAGUCCUUGGGGAGGGAGAGGGGGGAGGGAGCCCCUGGUUGGGGGGGAAAGGGUGGCAUUACAAGUAGACAGCCCCCCCUCUCUUAAUCCUUCAGCCUGUGAGCAGAGAGAGGCUGGGGAGGAUGGGAGCUGCAGUCCUUGGGGAGGGAGCCCUUGGUUGGGGGAAGGGGCUGCCAUUACAAGUAGACCCCCCCACCUGUGCAUGGAGGACGGCAUGAUGGGAGUUGCAGUCCAAACUACGGAAGGUUGGGGUUUACAAGAAGGCCUUGGCAGCUCAGCAGGUAGUAGAAUGAUGAUGAUGGGGAUUGGAGUCCUUUAGGAGGAAGAAGAAGAGGAGAGGGAGCACCUGGUUGGGGGAAGGGGUGGCUUUAGAAGUACAUCGCCCCUACACCUAUCCUGUAUGAACAUGGAGGGUGACAUGAUGGGAGUUGCAGUCCAAGUUGUGGAAGGCUGGAGUUGUACAAGAAGGCCCGGGCCUGUAUUGACAUCCCCCCCCCCACCUUCUUUCUUUCUCCAACAUGGGAGGAUGACACUGAGCAGCUCAGAAAGUGGUGGGAUGAGGAUGAUGGGAGUUGGAGUGCUUUGGAAGGAAGAGGGGAGGGAGCCCCUGGUUGGGGAAGGAAGUGGCAUUAUAAGCAGGACCCCUCCCCCCUUUUAUCCUUCAGCCUGUGUCUGUGCAUGGAGGAUGACAUGAUGGAAAUUGCAGUCCAGGUUGUGGAAGAAGGCCUGGGCCUGUAGUGACAUUUGCACACACACACCCCCUAUCUCGCUCUCUUUAACAUGGGAUGUGGUAGGAUGAAGGUGAUGGGAGUUGGAGCCCUUUAGAAGGAAUUGGGGGGAGGGAGCACCUGGUUGGGGAAGGGAGUGACAUUAGAAGUAGAUCCCCCCACACCUAUCCUUCAGCCUGUGUCUGUGCAUGGAAGGUGACAUGAUGGGAGGUGCAGUCCCAAGUUGUGAUGAAAGGUUGGGGUUGUGCAAGAAGGCCUGGGCCUGUAGUGACAUUUGCUCCCCCCUUCAACAUGGAGGUGGUAAGAUGAGGAUGAUGGGAGUUGGAGUCCUUUAGACAGGGAUGGGGCGGCAUGAUAACUAGAUUUACCUCUCUCUCUCUCUCUCCAGCCUGAGUCUGUGCAUGGAGGAUGACAUGAUAAGAGUUGUAGUCUAUCACAUGGAGGGGGUGUACCAGGUUGGGGAAGAAGGCCUGGAUCUGUAGUGACAUAUGUCCCCCUCUCUCUUCAACAUGGAGGAUGACACUAACCAUCUCAGGAGGUGGUAGGAUGAGGACGAUGGGAGCUGUAGUCCUUUAAAGGGGGUGGCGUACCAGGUUGGGGAAGGGAGUGGCACGAUUUCCCUCCCUCUCUUUCUCUCUCUCCAGCCUAUGUCUGUGCAUGGAGGAUGGCAUGAUGGGAGUUGCAGUCCAAAUUGUGGAAGACUGGGGUUGUGGAAAUCCAGGUUGUGGAAGGCCUGGACCUGUAGUGACAUUUGCCCCUCUCUCUCUUCAGCCUGUGUCUUUGUGCCUAGAGGAUGACACUGAGGAGGUGCUUGGCUGAGGACGAUGGGAGUUGUAGUCCAUUACAUAGGGGGGUGUUCAAGGUUGGGGAAAGGGGUGACAUUUUCUCCUCCUUCUCUUCAGUCUGUGCCUCUGUAUGUAAUUUAACUCUUCUCUAAGGAUCACUGAAUUGGGAGAAAUGGGAAAUGACUUCCAGGCAAAGGGAUCGCCAUCUGGGCAGAAAAAUUGCAAAAAAGGGAGAAUCAGAGGAACAUCGGGCUCAUUGGAGAAGAGAGAGAGAAACCCAAAUGAGUGAAGGGAAGCAAAGAGAGGAAUUGCUGAAGCAGAUGGAGGUAGAAGAGCAGCAGGUUAUCUGGGAAUGGAAGGAGCUGCGGGGAUAUUUGGAGACAUGGGAAAGGCACUGGCUAAAUCAUGUGGAGGAGCUCAAAAGAGACAUUGUCCAGGGUGGCUAUGAGCAAGACUCCAAAGGGACCAGUGAAGAUUCGCUGCUACAGGAACUUCUGGGCGAGCGGGAAAGAGAGCCAUCAUUGAGUCAGUCUUUGCAGGGUGUUGAAAGCACCAAGAACAGCUUGGAAGAUGGAGUGUUGAUGGUAGACCCUGCUGUAGAAGAGCUAAAACAGAGGCUCCGUAGGUUCUCCUGGAAACGGACUCUCCUUCAGGAGGCACUGCUGCGAUUCAAAGAGGAACUUCAGUUGGAAAUGAAUGGGGAUACAGGGUACAGGAUAGCAUCAUCAUUUCAAUCGACACUAACCCAUCAUCCCCAGCAAGACGGAAAGGAAACAUCUGCAACAGAGAUUCAGGAACUGGCAUCCUACAAAAGACAUUUAGAAGAGUCAUGGACGGGAUUUCCAGGUCUUGCUUCUGCCUUCCCUGGGAAGGUCAAGGAAGAAGAGAAGGAGGAAGCGGGCAUCUCUGCAGAACACAUCACAGUGUUACAUGGUAUUAAAGAAGAGGAUCCUUGCCAGAGUGGUCCUGAGAUGGUGGAGAUGCCAGCCAUAAGACUGCAAAGGCCAGAGUGCAAUGCAUCCCUGAGUAGUCAGCAGAUAGAUGAAGAGGGGCUCCAGGGAAAUACUUUAGCAAAGAGAGGUGGCCGGUCUGCUUGUUCCAGAAGCUAUGGGGAAACAGCUGCAGCUGCUCGGAAAAGGAAAGAUAAAUGUUACCCGUGUCCCGAAUGUGGGAAGAUCUUCCGGCAGUUUGGAGUCUUGAUCACACACCAUCGGCUCCACACGGGCGAGAAGCCCUAUAGCUGUACUUACUGUGCAAAAGGAUUCAGUGAUUAUUCCAAUCUGAUUGCACAUCAGAGAACCCACACUGGGGAGAAACCCUACCAGUGUGCUGACUGUGGGAAAAGCUUCACCCGUAGCACUACCCUCACCAUUCAUCAGAGGGGCCACACGCGGGAGAAACCCUACCCCUGCCCCCAGUGUGGGAAACGCUUCAGUCGGGCCUCAAACCUCACCAUCCACCAGAGAACUCAUGCAGGAGAAAGAAACCUGACAUAUUGUGGUCCAGAGUAAGGGGGGAAUUGAACACACAGUUCCAGCCUUACCAUGUGCAUCAGAAAAUGCAUACAGCUCUUGCCAGUUGAAGGCUAGGCUCCAUCUGGGUACUCGUUCAGCUCCUCUGCCCCAACUUGUCUAGACUGGCCAAAUUAAUUUGGUUGAGGAAAAAGGCUUUCCCUAUAUCACUUGUAACCCGAAAAAUGUUAACGACUUUGGGCUAGAACUCCCAGAACACCUCAGCCAUCUUGGAUGGAGGGUUCUAGGAAUCAAAGAUCUACAGCUAACUUUUCCAAACUCUGGCUUGACCUAUGCAAGAGGAGAGCUGGGAUGAAAUAUUUUCUUCUAUAUUGUAGGAAGUGGGCUGUCCACCAUUGAUUUCUGCCUUUAUUAAAUCUUGCAAUCUGUUUGAAUCAUGUUGGAGCAAUACAUUAGUGUAUGAACAGUUGUGUGCUUUCUCAGAGAUUGUGUAAGUGCAGCCAAAUAUAUGCAAGCACACAUACAGCCCUUUCCCCUCGUUUUGACUUGGUGAGUAGGGAGCAAGUUGACUGUUCCACAAGACUUCAGCCUGUGAUGCCCAUUACGCCAUUGGCUGAGGAGCUGUGAGAUCCAGCAUAGGUAUGCUGGCAUCUAUUUAGGCUAUGCUAAAAGUAUACCAGGAUCUGAACCUGAGUACAUCAUAGCUGGCCAGGGCUUAAGAGGCAUUGACUGACUGGAUACACUCCAUGAAGGCAGCUGUUAGCAACAUAUUUCUCUUUAUUCUGUAAAUAUGUGAAUAAAUGAGUUUUUACGCAAUGUUUUGUUCUUCAAUAUACCUGCCUCUUCCCCAAAAGAGGCUGAACUCACGUUUGCUUUGCCUGUGAUGUACAGGUGUCCUUACCUUCCUUAUGUAGCAGCAUUUGGACACAGUAGUUCAUGAGAAAAUCUGAUGAUUUUCUAAAGGAAGAGACUCCUCUGCAUUACUGAGGCUGACUGCCAGAUCUCCAAAUAAACCUAUUACUGAGGGCAUACUGUCAUUUUGUUGCCUAAAAUGCUUGUAGUGUCCUUGAGACAUAGAGUGAAAUCAGAGAAGCACCCAAAGCUUGAAGGUGUAGUAACAGUUUCGUUACUUUGACUUAGGAAGCCAUGUUCUCCUGGCAAAAAAAGGAAAAUUUGAAAGACUGGAUCGGUCUUGCAAGUGGACCCAAAGGAAAGCAACCUCUGAUUUAAUUUUAAGUAGCACCUGGGCUCUGUGACAAGAGGGAACAUGUGCCCCUCCAGAUGUUGGAGUGACAAUCCCAUCAGCCCCAGCCAGCAAUCUGAUGAGCUAUCAUGGGAGUUGCACUCUUAACAUCAUUUGGAGGGGCAUGCAUUCCCAAUCCAUGCAGUUAGUGAUGUUGAACCAGUCCAAAUCUCAGUAGUAACAUAGCACUCAGACAUCCCUACAACAAACUGCCAACCAAAAAGAACAAUU